AUGCCUCCACUGGGCCUAUCUUUGCGCUGGAAAACAGGGGAUGAGGAGAAAGGUAAUCGAUCAGUGGUGCCUUCUUCACAGAGCUCAGAUACCAAAGAUCAGAAGGACCAUGCUCUUCGAAGACAUGGGAGUCGAAGAAGCAUCGAUCCUACGGCUGCUAUUCCCAUCGAGUACCGAAGCAUAUCAUUCGAAAUCGAGGAUGAGUCCGAAAGACAGAAGAUCUCCAAAAGGGCAGCUGGAAGGGACAAGUUGGCGGAAGAGUGGCAAACUACGGAUUGGCAUACGAUCUCCACGGUGGAAGCUCAAAAGCGAUUGAAUGUCGAUGUCGGAGUUGGCCUGCCAGCUAGUACUGCCAGUGAUCUUCUACGCAAUAAUGGGCCAAACAAAAUCUCACCACUCCCCAAUCCAUGGUUCUGGAGAGUCUUCGGCUAUUUUUUCAAGGGGUUUGGCUCUAUUCUCCUUGUCGGUGGCAUAUUGGUUUUUAUCUCUUGGAAGCCCUUGGGAGACCCACCCGCCGUUGCCAAUCUUGCUUUGGGAAUCGUUCUAAUUGCGGUGUUUCUUAUCCAAGCUGCUUUCAAUGGAUGGCAAGAUUGGUCCUCUUCAAGAGUCAUGGCUUCAAUCACGGCGAUGCUCCCAGAGUCGUGUCAGUUACUUCGUGAUGGAUCUCGGGUGGAGGUGAUGGCUACGGAGAUUGUCAAAGGAGAUACAGUUUUCCUCAAGUCGGGAACAAAGAUCCCUGCAGAUGUGCGCUUUGUUGAAGUAUCGCAUGACUUUAGUGUCGACCGAUCCAUUGUCACUGGUGAAUCAAACCCUGUCAAGGGCAGCGUUGAUUCCACUUCGGACAAUUAUCUCGAGACUCGAUGUAUUGGUCUCCAGGGAACUCAUUGUGUCUCAGGGAAAGCAAUCGGCGUCGUCGUCGCGACGGGUGAUUCAACGGUUUUCGGGCGGAUCGCUAAACUCGCUGGUGAGCCGAGUACUGGCCUUACAACAAUCGAAAAAGAGAUAUUGCGUUUUGUGGGUCUUAUCUUCAUAAUCAUGAUCACCUGGAUCAUCGUUCUGGCUGCUGUUUGGGGUGGGUGGCUUCACAAAAAACAUCCUGAUUAUAUCAACGUUGCCACCCUUAUCGUGGACUGUGUCAGUGUUGCUAUUGCAUAUAUUCCCGAAGGCUUGCCAAUUGCUGUAACGGCGUCGUUGACUAUAACGGCCAACAUAAUGCGUAAGAACAAGGUUCUUUGCAAGUCACUCAAAACUGUUGAGACACUGGGCUCUGUUUCUGUUAUUUGCACAGACAAGACUGGCACUUUGACAAAGAACCGUAUGGAUGUUACUGAUCUUUCAGUCUCGACGGUGAAGGCAUCUUUCAAUGAUCGCAUGGAUCCAUCAACCCCCAUCGGCCCCUCCGGGCUUCAACAACUGAGGGCAAUGGGCGCGCUAUGCAAUGCUGCAGAGUUUGAUCAGGGCAAAACUACCACUCCACUCGCUGAUCGACGUAUUUUCGGAGAUGCAACAGAUCAGGCAGUCUUACGAUUUUCUGAAAGUUUAGGAUCGGUCGAUGCAGUCCGCAAAUCAUGGAAGGUUUUCUUUGAUCUGGCAUUUGACAGCAAGAACAAAUUCAUGAUCAAGGCAUUUACUCCGGCUGAUUCUCAAAGUCCACGCUCUUGGCUCACUGAGACGGAAGCUGGAGGUUUUGGAACAGGCGAUAUACUUUUUACGAUCAAAGGCGCUCCGGAUAUUCUGAUUGAGCGAUGCACUCAGACUCUCACCCCUGAGGGUGGAGUGAAGCCAUUGGAUGGAAUUACUUUAACAGCCGUGAAGCAAUUGAAAGAUCAAUGGUCUUCGGAGGGCAAGCGUGUGAUUCUUCUCGCUCGCAAAGUCUUAGCGAAGGAAUCUAUUUGGCCGGAUCCUACAUCCUCAGAGUGUGAAGCACAGAUGCUUUCAGAAUCGAAAGGUGGACUUACACUGGUUGGUCUUGUUGGCAUGAUUGACCCGCCCCGGGCGGAAAUUCCUGAGGUCAUGCGAGUUCUACGCCAAGCUCACAUUCGAGUCUUUAUGGUUACUGGUGACUUUGGACUCACGGCUUUGGCUAUUUCUCGCCAGUGUGGUCUCGUCACUGCCGAUACUGUAGAAGACGCAUCUGCACUAGCACGCUUUCCCCCCACAACCGAAAAGGAGAUCGCCACCCCUAAGUCUGCACUACUUAUCAGCGGACCUGAUUUAAUGGGACUGAACGAGUACCAAUGGGAACAACUGUGUAAGUACCGUGAGAUUGUGUUCUCACGUACAACACCCCAUCAAAAGCUUCGCAUCGUUCGCGAACUUCAAUCAAGGGAUGAGAUCGUUGGCAUGACUGGUGAUGGUGUGAAUGAUGCCCCUGCUCUCAAAGCCGCCGAUAUUGGAAUUAGUUUAGCAAGUGGGUCUGAUAUUGCCAUUGAGGCUGCUGAUAUGGUUCUCCUUGAAUCAUUUGCUGCUAUUGUGGAGGCCGUGCGAUAUGGCCGAGUUGUCUUUGAUAACUUGAAGAAGACAGUCGCAUAUCUACUGCCAGCUGGCUCGUGGUCGGAAUUCUGGCCAGUUUUUACUAAUCUGAUUUUUGGAAUCCCCCAAAUUCUUUCAUCGUUUUUGAUGAUUAUUAUCUGUUGUUUUACCGACUGUGCAGCAGCUGUGGCUUUGGCUUAUGAGAAGCCGGAAGCCGACGUUCUUUUCCGACCACCUCGUCAUCCUACGAAGACUCGCCUUGUCAACUGGAAGCUGAUGUUUCACUCGUAUGCUAUCAUUGGAAUGAUAGAGACAAUCUGUUCAUUCUCAAUGGCAUUUUGGUAUCUCCAGAGGAAAGGCAUUCCUUUCUCGGAUCUCUGGUUCAAAUUCGGAGAGAUUCCGGCUGGGAUGAGCGAAGACUACUACAGCGCUCGAGUAAAUGAAGCGAGUUCAAUCUACUUCAUUAAUCUGGUCAUUAUGCAAUGGUUCAAUCUCAUGGCAGUCCGGACUCGUCACCUGUCGAUUUUCCAGCACCCUCCAGCAUUCAAUAAAUUAACACAGAAUCUCUACCUGUUCCCAGCGAUGAUCUGUGCACUUGGAAUUGCGGUGAUUUGGUUGUAUAUCCCAUCUUUACAGCGAACUCUAGAUACCGCAGGGCCCCCAGCUGAGCACUACUUCCUCCCUGCGGCCCUAGGACUGGGUCUGCUGUGUUUGGAUGAGGGAAGAAAAGCUGCAGUUCGCCGCUGGCCCAAUGGUAUUUUAGCUAAGAUGGCUUGGUGA